CUUUAGUCGACGGAACUAUAAUUUUUCUAGAAGGAAAUAGUUGUAGUAAUAUUUUCUUGUGUGUUCGAAAUAAAAUUUUCUUUUUUCCUUUUCUACCCUCUCAGCACCUAAAGCUAAAACCCUUUUCUGUUUCAUUGUUCCACCGCCAUUCCAAAUUCACAAUUUUCACUUGCAAUUUCUCCAAAAGUAGCAAAAGCUCUUAAAUUCAGGUAUGUCAUUGAGUAGAAUCUCAUCUCGAUUUUCAAGGAAUUUGCUGACACAGUGUCGCAAUUCGCUGCUCAUAUAUUAUAGACAGAAUCAACAACAGCAGCAGCACCAUGUUCCGCUACUUUCAUCUCAGUUCCACUCAAUUCCCUACAAAACACAAAAGGUUUCGCUAGUACCCGUAUCCGCCUUGCAACGGUUUGGAAUCUCAUCCUCUGCAUCCACCCAACCUGACGAAAAAGAAACAUCUCAGUCCCAAGGUGGAGGAGGAAGUGGAGAAGAGAAAGCUUCAGCUUCUGCUGAUUCUCACAUCAAGGAUGAGAAGGAUGAAUCAGAUUUGGAUUUGGAGGACCUUUCUAGGGAUGAACUGGUGAAAUAUGUGAUUGAGAAGGAAGAACUCCUAAAGAUGAAACAUGAGGAGCUUCAGAAAAUGCAGGAUAAGGUUCUUAGGACUUACGCAGAGAUGGAGAAUGUCAUGGAUAGAACUAGACGAGAAGCAGAAAAUACCAAGAAGUUUGCCAUUCAGAAUUUUGUGAAAGCCCUUCUAGAUGUUUCUGAUAAUCUGGGCAGGGCUUCUUCCGUUGUAAAAGAAAGCUUUUCCAAAAUUGAUGUAUCUAAAGACACAACUGAUGCUGUACCACUUCUGAAGACACUUCUGGAAGGUGUUGAAAUGACUGAUAAACAGCUGUCUGAGGUAUUCAAAAAGUUUGGUGUUGAAAAAAUUGAUCCUACAAAUGAAGAAUUUGAUCCAAAUAAGCAUAACGCAGUUUUUCAAGUACCCGAUCCUGAAAAGGCUCCCGGAGUGAUUGCUGUUUGUCUCAAGCCAGGGUACACUUUGCAUGACAGAAUUAUUCGACCUGCUGAAGUUGGUGUGACAGUUGCCGUGGAAAAUAAAGAGAAUUGAUCAAAGUAUCAGCACCUAAAUUGGCGGUUCACUACUAAUGAUCUAAGAGCUUGCAGUUUUAAAAACACGAACAUUUUGAUCUCUUAAGCGAUCUGCACUCUACGUUCUACUUCACGGAAGGUGUUCAUCGUGCAGACGUUAAGCUAUAGCAUCGCUUAAAUGUUCUUUUGUUUGCUCUUUAUUUAGAGUUGUGUUAAAACUGGAGCAGUCAGAAGUCAGUCUUAUUGCGGUCGACCCCCCCCCUCCUCCCUUACCGAUACACAAGUUUUAUACGUUUUGAACUUUUAAGUUGGGGAUGUGACUUAUUCCGAGUGAAGGAAGUAUUAUUUUUUUCCGGCUACAGCGAAAAUAAAGAAAAACUUUCAGCUUC